AGUUAGUGUCGUUUGGUUUUCCUUUUGGAGUUUAGCUGAAGCCGACUGUGGUUUGUUUGUUUUUGUGUUUUUGUGUUUGGUACCCGAGAAGUUUGUUUAUUAUUUAUUUUAAAGAGCAGGGUUUAGUCUAAAUAUACUGAGUAGGUCCGCGUGGCGAGUUCUGAAGCUGUGCGUGCCGGAGUGUCAGUGAGCUAACUUAGUGGUCCGAUCACCUUGGCACCAUGAGUUGGAGCUUUCUAACCCGUCUGCUGGAUGAGAUAUCCAACCACUCCACCUUUGUGGGGAAGGUCUGGCUGACUGUGCUCAUCAUCUUCCGCAUUGUGCUGACGGCCGUUGGCGGCGAAACCAUCUACUAUGAUGAACAGAGCAAAUUUGUCUGCAACACACAGCAGCCUGGUUGUGAGAACGUGUGCUAUGAUGCAUUUGCGCCGCUCUCACAUGUCAGAUUCUGGAUCUUCCAGGUGAUCAUGAUCACCACCCCAACCAUAAUGUACCUUGGAUUUGCCAUGCACAAGAUCGCCCGCAUGGAAGAGACGGACUUUCGGCCGGGCCCAAAGCGGAAGAAGAGAAUACCAAUCAUCAAACGUGGGGCUGCGAGGGACUAUGAAGAGGUAGAGGACAACGGAGAAGAAGACCCAAUGAUUGCUGAAGAGAUUGAACCAGAAAAGACAGACAAAGCAGAACAAAGCUCAGAGAAAAAACAUGAUGGUCGCCGGCGGAUCUUGCGUGACGGCCUGAUGAAAGUCUAUGUGUGCCAACUGCUGUGGCGCUCUGCCUUUGAGGUGGCCUUCCUUUUUGGGCAGUAUAUUCUUUACGGCUUCGAGGUGAUUCCCUCCUAUGUCUGCACUCGUUCUCCGUGCCCGCACACGGUGGACUGCUUUGUUUCCCGUCCCACGGAGAAGACGAUCUUCCUUCUGGUGAUGUACGUUGUGUCCUUUCUCUGCCUUCUCCUCACCAUCCUGGAAAUCAUCCAUUUGGGUAUCGGCAGCAUCCGUGACACUUUCCGCAGGCGGGCCACCCUCAACACACGCACCUCCCGUCCACCGGCCUCACGCUCCAUGCCUACAGCUCCACCAGGAUACCACGCCACCAUGAAAAAGGAGAAAAUGAAAGAGCUGAGGGACUUGCCAAUGGGUGAUUCUGGGCGAGAGAGUAUUGGGGAUGAGGGUCCCUCGUCCAGGGAGCUCGAGCGGUUGAGAAGACACCUGAGGCUGGCCCAGCAGCACCUGGACCUCGCCUACCAGGUGGAUGAAGGAAGUCCUUCACGCAGCAGCAGCCCAGAGGUUAACACAGCUGCACAGACUGCUGCAGAGCAGAACCGUCUCAAUUUUGCCCAGGAGAAGCAAGGAGAGGCGAGCGAGAAAGGUAAAGAAGACGCUCGGACCUCCAUUCGACACACUGAAUUUGACACAGAUGAACCAGGAGGGAUACAUGCCUGAGCGUGCUUCCUGCCUCAAAUGUCUGUCCUUUCAUUCCUACUGGCCUUAAACACAUGGGGGAAGCACAUAUGGGAAUGCAGUCAGACCACUGAGGGAGACCAAAGUGUGUGUAAUAUGUGUGCGUGUGUUUGUGUGUGGGGAUGAGAGAAAUGUGCCUUUCAGUAUUAGAGGUCAGUUGAAAACAAAGAAAUGCUGACUGAGCGGUGUUGUGACAAAUGGUUAAUUUCCACGACUCUAAACUUGAAAGCUUGCCGACCUACAUCCAAACUUUGACUGUGCCUUUGGCUAGACCUCGUCUACCCCAUGUUCUUUCGUCAUCUCUGUGUUUUGUUGCAUUGCAAUAACCUGUCCAUUAUAAGACCACGCAAGGAUUAUUGUAAGCUUCAGCUGAGUGUAUUUUUUUUAUUUUUUUUUGUUUGGUUCACAAGAGAGGCUUUUUAUUUUUUAUUAAUGUUUCUGAAUGUUGAUGUCUCACUUGGUUGAAGCUUAUUGGUCUCAAAUCUUAAACAUGACCUUGCGUUAUGUAAUGUUUUUGAGUAUGUGCAGAAGCUUGUUAAGUGGGGCUAAACCUGUAACUGGAUGAGUCAUCUUUAAUUUAAAUGUUGGGAAUUAUUGGUGUAUUAGCCAGAUAAUUCCACUUCAGAAAUGUUUGACAGAAAGAUUUUUUUUUUCUAUUUCUUUUCUAAGCCUAUUUACCCAAAUCAGCCAAAAAUAUUUACCUGGGAAAUGCUUGAAUUCUUUAAUCAACAGGAACCGUUCCACACAUUUCCAACAAUCAUCUUUGUACAAUCAUUUUACCGGCCUUUAUUUAAGUUUUUUUUUUUUGUUUUGUUUUGUUUUGUUUGUUUUUUUUUGACCAAACGUUGUAGGCUAGUGACAUUUGUGUAGAAGGAAGUGUUGUCAUGCAAAUACCACCUCAGCAUUUCAAUGUUAAUCCUUUCCUAAAUUAUGUUCUAAAACAAAUAUUUUGUGUUCGUUGGGGCAGAAAGUUGGAAAAUAAAUUCACUUUUUGUGGUUUUUCAUGCUAA